GUUGGAUUUCCCUUACAUCUCGGUCCUCAACCUUUCAUCCACUCUUUCAAACUAUUGCAGAUUACAUCAUAUAUAGACGUGACUUUUGCUGGGCCAUCUUAUUUGCCUCUGUAACAAAGUUUUAUCUUGCAACAUUUUGCUAUUUGCCGUCUUCAACACUUUUGUAUUGUCUUUUAAAUUUUCUCGCCAGCAUUUCAAAUGGGAAAUAAGAGCACAAAAGAGGACCCUCGGCCAGUCGGCGAAGUUGACUUGAGAGAUUUUAAACUGCGCCAAGUAAUUGGAAAAGGUGCAUUUGGAAAGGUCAAGUUGGUCGAACUAAGAACUACCAAACAAAAAUACGCACUCAAAUACAUCAAUAAGCUGCAAUGUAUUGAAAAAAAGCAAGUCUAUCACAUGUUUGAUGAACGUAUGCUUCUUGAAAAUCUUGAGCAUCCAUUUAUUGUCAAUCUGCGAUUUGCCUUUCAGGAUGAUGAAAACAUGUUCAUGGUGAUUGAUGUUGCUCUUGGAGGCGAUUUGCGAUACCAUUUGUUGCGGCUUGGUACAUUUCCAGAGGACACACUAAGAAUUUAUGCUGCAGAAGUUGGAUUGGCACUCGAGUAUCUUCAUAAUCUGCGGAUUAUGCAUCGUGAUUUGAAACCAGAUAAUUUGCUUUUGGACGAAAAAGGUCAUAUAUAUGUUACUGAUUUCAAUAUCGCAUUCAAAAUCAAGGAUAAGCUUCCUACUUCACAAUCUGGAUCCAUGGCAUAUAUGGCACCAGAAAUGUUUACCAAAACGCCCUACGAUACAUGUGUUGACUGGUGGGCACUUGGAGUAGUCCUCUAUGAGUGCACGUAUGGUGUUAGACCGUUUAGAGAAACAGAAGACACUUCUUUAGUAGAAGCCAUUACUCGUGUAGAACCCAAAUUUAUCCCUGGACCUCCUGAACACGUUCUACACCGAAAUGAUUUUCUACAAUCUCUUCUUGUCAAGGAUGUAACACAACGAUUGGGCUCAGGACCUAACGGGUUCCAAGAUCAAAUAAUGAAACACUCUUGGUUCAAGGACUUGGAUUGGGAGCUUGUGAAGCAAAAAAAGGCAUCCCCAAGCUUUGUUCCCGAUCCAAAUAAUGCCAACUUUGAAGCAACCCACGAAAUCGAAGAGGUUAUUAUG